UGAAUCGAGCCACAGCAGACCGACAGACGCCGUGUCAUCCUGAUCGAGUUAUAUUGAGUUGAAGUUUCUCCAUCCUCCGACUGAACCAUGUCUGGAAACAAGAACGGACCUCCCACCACUUCUCAAAAGCACCGGAACUUUGUCUCGGAGCCGAUGGGAAACCGGUCUGUGAGGGAUGUACCGGGGAUCGGAACCACGCACGGACRCACGUUGGAGGAGAAGGGCAUGCCUAGGGCUGACCAGUUGUUGGGUGAUUACCUGAAGAGAGGUCGGGACCAAGACCAGUUCCAGGACAAUCUGAAGAAUACCACAGGGGCCAACGCCAAGCAACAGAGAGACGCCUACAAUGGAAUGAGAGAGUGGACCGACAACAACCUGUAGAGGAGAGGAGACAGUCACAUUCUCUCCUCUUUGUUGUCUAUCCUCCUGUCUCUCUCUCUC